AGCACAUAGAGAUGCAUGUAACUAAGCAACAGUGUGAACAUAUUAUCUUCAGUCGGCACCUGAUCUAAUCUUGUUUUUUUUUUCUUCUUAUUAUAUAAAAAUUUAUGUUCUGAUUUCUACUUUGUGCAUGUGCUAAAAGAGAAAAACAAAUCAUAUACGAUUUGAGCUAAAUAAAAAUUGAUUUUUUUUUGUCAGAGUUUGAUGUGUUGUUUUUAGGGAAAAAGGGUAUUUAUAAUUAACAAAAAUAACAUCUGGGUUGUUGUUUUUGUGUAUUUUUUGAAGUUGGUGAGAGUAUAUGUGCUUUUUAAAGGUGGCGAAUCCAAGAAAAUCAAGUGAAUAUGUCAGAUUUACAGAUACAGAGGAUACACAAACCACCGCCGUAACCGCCGCCGCCGGCAGCGUCAGCGGUGGUCAGUUUGAUCAGUUUUUGGAAGAAGAUGAUUAUUCGAUGUAUACAGAGUAUUCUGAUUCUCAGACGAGAGAUAUGUCGGAGAUGGUGACGGCGUUGACACAUGUGGUAUCGGGUCAGGAAUAUCGACCCGAUACUCGUGGUGUUGGUGGUGGUGAGAGAUAUUAUUCGUUGAAUUCACCGUCUUCAGCUUAUUCUUCGUCCAGCUCGGGUUCUAGAGCUGGACUGAAGAGAAGCCGUGAUCAAGAUGAAUUUAGAAGUGGGUUGUCAUCUUCAUCCUCUGUUAAAAUUGAAGAAACUACAAGUAUGAUUGCACCAUCAAACACAACAAUUUCCACCAUCACAACAAUUCCUGCUUUCACAACCACAACCACAACCACGACCACAACAGGUGAGGGUUCGAGCGAAGAAACAGGAGGAGGAGAUAGAAGGAGGAAAUACAGAGGAGUAAGACAAAGACCAUGGGGAAAAUGGGCAGCAGAAAUAAGAGAUCCACAUAAAGCAGCAAGGGUUUGGUUAGGAACAUUCGAUACAGCAGAAGGUGCAGCAAGAGCAUAUGAUGAAGCUGCAUUAAGAUUUCGAGGAAACAGAGCAAAACUCAACUUCCCAGAAAACGCUAGAUUAUCAUUACCACAAAUACAAAAUACUACAAUAUCAACAAUCUCCAAUCCAUCUCAUCAAUUUAUGGCUCCAAUAACUCAACCAACGCCGUUUUUCAAUCCAAUGCAGAGUUCAGAUACAACAAGAGACUACUGGGAUUAUUCACAAUUGUUACAAAAUCCCGGGGAUUUUUCGGACCAACAACCAUCCAACUUAUUGGAACAAAUGUUCGUUGCUUCAUCAAUGGCUAUGUUGCAUUCAAACACAUUGCCAUCAAUAUCUUCGUCUUCGUCGUUAGCUACUACUUCUGCAGCUUCUUCAACUUCAUAUCCCCUGUUAUUUUCUAGUUAUUACAGGCCACAAACUAAUCAAAUUCAAGGAACCAACACAAGUAGCACCAGCACCAACAGCAGCUCCAGUUUUUCUGCACCAUUUUGGAAUAGCUCUACCCAAUAUCCACCAUCUUCUAGUUGAAUUCUCAAAUUUUCUUGGGUAACAUUUUCAUAUAAAAAGUUCUUUUAUAUAUAUAUAUUUGGGAGAUAGAUAGUCUUCUUUUUUUUUUUUUUUUGGGUAAUAUUGGUUUAUAAUAUUAUUGUAGUAUGUAAUUCACACUAGUUAGGGGGAGGGAUUAGAGGUAGGCAGGGGUAUAUCUAUUGUUAGUAGUUGUCAUUAUUUUUGAAUAGUUAAGAAAUUUAUACUCCCUUCUCCAUA